AACAUUAGCACUAUCCACAAAACACUACUUGUCCCGGGAAAGAACAAUUCUUGAAACUUCUUCAUUUCACUUGUCACCAAUCCAAAUUAUAUAAACAAACAAAAAAGUCUCUGAAAGUACAUGAAAUAAAAAAAAAAUGUCAUCAAUUAACAAAUUCCAUUCUUCUAUGUUAUCUUUGCAUUCAUCAUCAUCUACUUGUUCACUUAAAUCAUCAGUUCUUCCUAAAAAGUCACUCUCUUUUUCUUCUUGUUGCCAUUUCAACAACCCUUUUAGGAACUCUAAUUUUGUCAUGGAAAAUCAGAGCUUUUCAGUAUUAUCUGCUUCUAAAAGCCAAGAUGGAGCUGUAAUUCAAGAUUCUUCUUUUCAGGGAAGUGAAUCAUUCUUUAGGAGUGUAUUGGCGAGCAUGGAAGCGGUAUAUCUGAAUAAAAACCCCACUGCUAAGGCAAUUUUGGAGCUCGUUCAUUCUGCUGAUGGUGAUCAAAUUUGCUAUGAUCAUUUUGCAUUUAGGACAUUUGGGGUAAAUGGUCAUGGCGUUGAUUCUAUGUCAAAGUUCUUCCUGGAUUUUGGUUACAAAAGACGAGAAGAGCUGAGAUUCCCUGCUAAGAAGUUGAAAGCUUUCUGGUUUUCUCCUCCGAAGGUUUCAACUUCCUACCGUGGUGGUGGGGUUAAUGGGCCGUUGCCAAGAAUAUUUAUAUCGGAACUUCUUGUCGAUCAACUUAGUCCAGAAGCUCAGGAUGUAAUUAAAAAAUACACUGACAUAUCUCGCUGUGGAAAAGAGUACGCAGCGCUUGCAAGUGCAUUUGGGAGUUUGACUUGGGAAAAGCCAUCGUAUUCUGAAUUUCAACAACUGGCUAGGGAAAGCGAGUAUGCUGCCUGGACCCUUGUCAAUGGAUAUGCGUUGAAUCAUGUUACGAUAUCUACCCAUCGCAUGAGAUCAAAUCUGAGAAGCAUCGGAAAACUAAAUCAAUUUAUUGAGGAAAAUGGUUUCAAUUUGAACUCUGAAGGGGGUAUUCUAAAGGUGAGCCCUGAUGGUCUUCUUCUGCAAAGUUCAACCGUAGCAGAUUCUACCUCUUUUGAAUUUUCAGACGGCAUUACAGAAGCAGUCCCUUGUUCAUACAUUGAAUUUGCUGAGCGGCUUGUACUACCGCAAUAUAAAGAUUUACCCACACAAGAGGUUGAGGAGUUCCAUAGACGGGAUGGAUUUGAGGUUGGAAAUGCUGACAAGAUAUUCGAGAGCACAUCCAAGGAUCAGUUAACCCGUCGUGCUGCAUGAGAAUGAAUGUGGAACACACGAAGCAGUUGAAUAUUUUGCCUGUGUGAGCUAAUCCUUGCCAUGUUUCAGUUGGAAGACUCCAUUCAAAGAUUUAACUGUUGGAAGAUGAUACUGAAGCCCGUUAGUACAUUAUUGUGAUUCCGUGCAACUAUCUAAAAGAAUAAAAUUGAUGUACAAUACAUGCCUUUCUUCAUCUUUUUUACCAUCACAAAUUUCCCUUGGCUUCCAUCUUGUAUCAAGAAAAUUACCAAGAACAUGUUUUUUACCAUCACAAA